AUGGCGAUAGUGAGUGUCAGCUUUGUAAUAUUAACAUUUUCCUGUGCUGUGUCUCGCUUUGGAGUACGGGCUGACGUCAUACUAAAUGAGCACAUUAACAAUAACAGCCCUAAUUAUGUGUUUGAGUUGAACAAACGAUUAGACCAAAUGGAAGAUUUGCGCGCCAAAGAUGCAAUGCGCAUCGAUACACUUGUGGCUAGGAUAGAAGAAUUAGAAGAUCUGCACGUGAAAGAUGAAAUUGUGACGAGGAGAAAAAUAAUGGACCUAGAAAAACAUCAUGCAAAGGAAAUAUGGAAACUAACAAAGAGAAUAGAGGAUCUUAUAAACAUUCAUGCUAAGGAGAUUAGCGAAUUGACUCUAGGUCUAGCAGAAAGCAGAGCUAUGCAUGAAACACAUAUACUUGAUCUCACUAGGUGUGUAAAAGAUCUGAUAACUAUACAGGAAGAGAGUUAUAUAUACAAAGUCUCAGAUUUAGGUAUGUCUGAUUCGAAUGUCAACAUCGCUGCUGCUGACGACAACGAAAGGAAAGAAUCGUCAGCUGAAAUGAAGAAAACGUUCCCGAAAGUUUCCCAUAGAUCGACGAAUCUAGCAAAGGACGAAGCCAUUGAGAACAACACCAUAGCGUUCAGCGCUGCUCCUGUAGACGUCAUUUCUGACCCGGGUUCCGGCCAAACUGUUAUUUUCGGAAACGUCUUUACGAAUUUCGGAGCCACCUACAGCUCAACUUCCGGAAUAUUCACGUCCACACGUCGGGGUGUUUAUAUAUUUUUCUGGACAAUCGAGGUCGCUAAUCCGAAUUUCAUUAGUACGGAAUUAGUGCGAAACGGUAUGGCCAUCGGCGAAAUUACGGUCACCGGAAGUAACGAUUGGAGGGUCGCCUCUAACAUGCUGUCGGUGGAACUGGUCAUUGGUGACGAGGUAUGGGUACGCGUGGAUGGUCAUUCCCUUGGGGCAGACAUUCAGAAAUCUGGAACUUGUUUUACUGGAUUCUUGCUUCAUUGA